CCGUCUGUUAAGACUUUUGCUAUUAGAUGUUUUAUUACAGGAGGUGUAUGAAACCUAUGGCCAAAAUAGUCAUACAUUCUGUCAUUGUGUUACUUAUGAACACUUUGGGAAUCACAUACAUGAGCUGUACCCUUAUAAUAAAGUGUUACCGACUAUAUCUAUCUCUAAAUGUGCAGCUCUUCUCCUGAUCAUGAGUUUUCCGACAGCCUUGAAUGUGUCAGUCCUGCUCCCCCUGCAGGUCGUCCCAGCUUUCUGCUCUUUCUGCUCAGCAAAGCGCACUUGAGUUCCGCUCAGUCUGACCAAUCGUGUGGCGCUGUGGCUCAUCAGCACCAUUGCAGUGUGGAGAGAUCAUCCGGAGGUGCCGCCGCUCUCAGUAACAGGGAUCAUUUGGAGGAAAGAUACUCGACCUGGGUGACCGCUCCCGGGCAAACACCACCCCGUGCUUCCCCGACACAGUCACGGCGUGACAUUGACACAACAAGCUUCACUCCGGGUGACCCUCAGUGAUUGACAGAUGUGUGACACUGUGGAGAACCAUUUGCCCCUCCCAGUGGAGAUCUGAGUUCUGGGACACUGAGGCAGCUGAGGGGGGGGUCUCUGAGGAAGAUGCUGGGUUCAGAGCGCGGUGUUGUCGAAGAAUGGCUCUCAGAAUUCAAGUCCUUACCAGAAACCCACAUCCCCAGCUACGCAGGCAGCCUUCAUCUGAAGAAGUCCCUGGUGCCGGCACUCUACAGAGUCAUUCAGGAUCCCAACAAUGAGCUGUUGGAGCCUGUGUGCCACCAGCUGUUUGAGCUGUAUCGGAGCUCUGAAGACCGCCUGCGACGCUUCACCCUGCAGUUCCUGCCUGAGCUGGUGUGGGUAUAUCUGCGUAUCACGGCCAGCAGGGAUCGCCAGAGCAAUGGCUGCAUCGAGGCCCUCCUCCUGGGCAUCUAUAACCUGGAGAUCGUGGACAAAGACGGCAACAGCAAGCUCCUCUCCUUCACAAUCCCAUCUCUGUCCAAACCAUCGAUAUAUCAUGAGCCUUCUAGCCUGGGGUCCAUGGCAUUGACAGAGGGGGCUCUGUGUCAACACGACCUGAUCAGAGUGGUGUACAGCGGCCUCCAUCCUCAGAGAGAGACCUUCACCGCUCAGAACAGGUUCGAAGUGCUGUGUUUCCUCAUGCUCUGCUACAACUCUGCUGUGGUCUACAUGCCCCUUUCCUCCUAUCAGUCAGUCUGCAGAAUGAGCUCACGGUUGUGUGUAUGUGGCUUCCCCCGGCAGCAGCAGAAGCUUUGGAGGGAGCCGUGCAACCGCGUGCUGCUGGACCCCGAGUUCAUGGUGCAGAUGCUGACUGCUGUUUAUCACGCCAUAUACAAUGGAGAGUGGGAGAUGGGGCGGGAAGCUCUCGAGGACAUUCUGUACAGAGCCCAGCUGGAGCUUUACUCCCAGCCUCUUCUGCUGGGGAACGCCAUGAAGAACUCGCUGCCAGACAGCGCUCCCAACGAGCCACAAGGGCGCAAGGUGCUCCAGGUGGAGGUGACACCCACCAUUAGCCGCAUCUCCAUCUCAGCCAUCACCACCGCCUCCAUACGACGGCACCGCUGGAAGAGAGAGGAUUGUUUUGACUUCUCAACCGAAGCAGAGUUGAGCAUCACCGUCAAUCCUCCUAGCCUCGCCCAACAAGAGCAACAACAACAACAACAACAACAACACCACAAUCCCUGGGACCCAACAGCCAAAGAGGAGAGAGGAGGGCGGCCUCACAGCCACCACAGCAGCAGCAGCAGCAUCAUUCCCCCCAUCACACUUGAGGAUGCUGAUGGCAUGAGCGGCGGGGAGGAUUCCUUCAACGUUAACGACCCAGACGAGGGCUUCUCCUCCGGGGCGUCAAACAGCAGCCAGCCCAGCGGCACUAAGGCAGGUGGCAGCGUGGGUCAGAGGGGAGGCAGCCUGAACAGCAGCAGCAGCAGCAUCAAGAAAGCCAUCACAGCCCGGCUGUCUCGGGAUAAGGAGAGGGAGAAGGAGCGAGAGAGGGAGAGAGAGAGAGAGAGGGAGAGGGAGAGGGGGGCGGAAAAACAAGCCGAGUUGUUGGCAGAUCACCAGGCUGUUGUGAGGAGGCAUCACCAGAGGCAGCAGUCACCUCCAGCCAGCAUCAACUUGGAUGCCAUCCAGCUGAGUCCCAUAAAGAAGCACCUGAGCUUCCCUGUCGGGCCCACGCUGGUACGGACUGGCAGCACCUCCUCCAGCAAGUCCUUUGACUGCAUGAAUUUCAACCUAAAUGGAGGCGGGGAGGACCGGGAGGACCGGGAGGAGGCGACGGGCGGCUCAGACAAGGAAGGGGUGCUUCCAGCAGGCGGCUCCCACCGCCACUCCACCAUUAGCCUGCAGGAGGAGCAUCUCAUCAGGCCAGAGGAUGCCCGGGACCUCCUGUCCCCUGGAGCUCCUCUGACCAAGCAGUCCCGCUCCCCCAGCUUCAACAUGCAGAUCAUAUCACAGGUCUAACGUGCAGUGUAGGGCAUGGUAGACACACACACACACACACACACACACACACACAAACACACACACACACACACAAUACGUAUUCAUAACACACAUCCACAUGCAGUUUUUUCUCUGGAACUCUUUACAGCCCUACUGCGACAACUUCUGUCUACCUAUCUGUGUUUGAGAGUGUGUGUGUGUGUGUGUGUGUGUGUGUGUAUGUGUGUUUGCGAGUGCAAGCACACAUCUUCAGAUCUCAAAGAGUUGUGUCUCCACCCCUUUUAACAUCCAUUCAAAUUUUAUCUCAACCUGUAUUCGUUGCUGGCUGUUACUGAGAAUGCAACAAGUGAAAAGCAGUAAAACACGACUGCUCACUGCUGUAACUACAGUUGAGUGUAAAAGAGUCCAGCAUGUCACUGCAUCCUCCCUUCUAACCAAGCUGAGCGUUCCACACAGAGACUCGCCUCAAAAGGUGGAAACGUGGAGAGAAAACUGGAAAGGAUGCCACGCUAGCUGUAGGGGGGUUUAUGACAUUUCAGAAUUUUUGAGUUCCUGACUGAAUCAGUCAAAAAUGAAUCAGCAAUAACACUUACUGUUGCUCAUGUGGAGAAGAGUGGGGAUUAUUUCUCUUUCUCCUCAUUCCUUCCCUCUCAUUCCCGGGCUCACGUGCAAUCGUUCUUGCUGAUUAUCUUCCUUUUUAAUUGCUGUUUUUAAUCAGGCAUAAAUGGUUUUAUGGAUAACAUUUCUUUAAAUGUUUUUUUUUUCUUUUUUUUUAAAUCACAAUCCAAAGAAGGUAGCAAGUUUUUUUUUUCCUUCACUUUUUGAUGAUGGUUUUUGCAGAAAUCAGUCAGACCCAAGUGAUUACUGCGUUUCAGCCCAUGACGGUUAUUUUAUUCUGUUGUAAUAUUCUCAUUUGAUCUGUUAAAUCAAACUUUUAAGAUUGUUGUAAAACCAAACUGGAAUGUGGGAAGGGGUUGUCUCGCCCCAAGCUUUUAACUGGACAAAUCUGAAGAAAUCACAACUGUGCAGCUGCAAGAGGAUAUGAUUCGUCUUGUGACUUGAUUUAAAAUCUAAAAGCUGAAUCUUGUGUAAAAACUGCAUUAAAACGUUGUAGAUAGUGCAGGUUUAUGUCUGAAGCUUAAGGCAGUUGGAUUGUUAUUGAAUGGUUCAAACCAUUUAAUGGGUCCUUCCAUCUGAAAGCACUUGUUGGUGUGUUUGUCAGUCUGUGUUGAGGCCGUGGCUAGUGUGAGGUGUCAUUUCUGAGCCGGUGAAUUACUGCCCUCCGGAGGCACGUACAAGUCACUGCGCACCAGAAGGCACCAUGACGACCGCUUCGUGUUUUGUGCUCUGAUUGGAUGCUCAUGAAACAUUUUGUUCUACCUCAUUGUGUGUUCACCUGCCACUCAGACACCUCCCAAUCAGACGCGGGAUUCAAAGACCCCUCAUUAGAUUUGAAACCGGAGGGCUUGAAACAGUUGGGGGGAUUAUUUAGUGGAGACCAAAAUGGUUUCACACUGCAACUGUAAUGACACUGUAAAAUCUGUGUGUGUGUUCAUGUGAGGAGUUGUGACUGAAUAUCUCGGCCUUGCAUUUCAGUUCAAUCACAUCAUGCACAAAAAUCUAGCUGCAAACCAGGAACACGACUGUCUUUGUCUUCAGGUUAUUUUUCUUUUUGUAUAUCAAACAACCACGUUGGAAUUAAUCAGAUUAUUUUAAUUUCCUAGAAAUGUCCUGCUUAUCUUUUUUAUGUAAUGAUUUUUGAAGUGCAAUUUGUUUUUGUUUUUUAUCCUCAUGUGCAUGGAGUUGGAUCUCUUCUGCUGUUAAAUGCCUGCAUCUGCACACAGUGCUAGCUAGCCUUCUGUAGUGCUCCCUGCCCAGGCUGAGUGAUUUGAACAUGGCGUGCUUGUCUGCAUGUUUAGUGCCCCUGCAAAGCACUGCUGUUUCAGAUGCGUGAAACGGCCAAGCGAGCCAAACCCAAGUCUUGUCCUUGUCUUUGCCAGAUGUGCCAAUACACAUCCUCUCCUUAUGUAAAGUCUUUGUUUUUGCUUGGGUGUCUUAAGUUUAAAAAGAAGUUUGCCUAUUUUUCUGUUUACUAGUCUAAUUUUGUAGUCAAGGGACUAAAAGGGAUGUUUGGACGUAUGGCUCAACGUGCCCUUAGAUGCAGCUUCACCUUUUUUUGCUAUGAAUUUCUUUUCACUCAUCACGACUACAAAACACACUGUAGUUUCACAAUCAUUAUUAAGCUUUGCUGUUCACAUGUAAAAGCGGUAUAUUAUGCGUCUGUGUAGAUGUCAGCUGUUGUAUUGCAUUUCCAUGUCUUGCUCACGUGCGUGUUUAAAAACGAGGAUGAAUGAUAAAUGUAUAUAAAACAGUUCAAGUCUGCAGUGAAAACCCUAACACACACUCAUGCUCCUGCUGUGCUGGAAUCCUUCACCAACUGCUGCUCCUGGUCCCGAGUGUGCACUUUAGCCUUAAACAUUUCAGGCUCUCUGGCCUCACGCUACUCCUCCUCCUCCUCCUCCUGCUGGACUGAACUGUGGAAGAAGAAGAAGAAGACAGAGAGAGGAGCGCGGCUACAGUUCACACUCUCACCUGGUCUGUCUGCUGUCAUCCCUGUGCUGUGUGGCUCACGAUGAGCUGUGUUCCCAUUUGCUGUAUUUUGCUGUGAGUUGAGUGGCACCUUUUUGCUGUUUUAAAACUGGUGACGUGUUCAGGUCAUUAAUAUGAGUGCCCCUGACCAAGAUUACCAGCAGCCAUGUUGGUACUGUAUGUUGACUUAGAGUAACGGAUAGACCAAUAUCCCUCAUUGUCUGGUGUUAUUUGCAUGUGAUCAGGGCAGGAAAUGAACACCAGCCAACAAAUGUCAAUACAGUUUGGCUGUGGCUGGUAAUUUUUAUCUGCCAUCCAUUUUGGCAGGUUUAUAAGCCUAGAAAUGCUCAUAAGGUCCAGUUACAUUUCAAAAAAAAAAAAAAAAAAUCUAUCUGCAAAUGAUUAAAAUAUCACACUAAAUUUCUACUUGGUUAGCCACUGUGGCUGGUGGACAAAGUUCAUUUCCUGCCCUGCAUGUGAUAACUGUGGGCUUAGUUUUCAUACAGUAUAAUGCACUUUAAUCCAUCCACCUCUCUCCUCAAGAUAGUUAUUGAAAUGAUAUAUAUAGAUGUGCAGAUGUGUAUACACUCAAUGCAGGGUUUUAGUCUCUUUUAAAGAAGUACUUUUAUGUGAUGUCACAUCCAACACAAUGCUAUUUUUGUUAAGUCUAAGGGUACAGCUAUUUAUUAUUUUUUUCUUUUCAAAGCCAAAAAGUUGUGGGGGUCUGGAAGGUCUCAGGAGUUUAUCAAAAAGCCACAUUUUAAAAAUGGCAGCACCAAAAUUUCUGUUCUUGAGGUCAGAAUUGAUUCUAUGCAACAUUUUUUCCCCCUUUUUCUUUUUCAAGUAUACGGGCUUUCAUUAAUCCUUGUCGGGUGGGAUGGGGCAGAUGCAUUUAAGCUGAUUCUUUAGUCCUCAACAGUGUCCCCAUUUGAUGAUUCUGUUUAUACACCCUGUUGUGGUGCUACAGAGCGAAGGACCUCAUGUGGGUGAAAUAAGAGGACCAUCCCUGUUGUGCAUUUGUCAUCUGACUGCCCUCACAGAGAGAAAGCCACACCUGGACUGUUGGUGCAUGUCGAGCCCUUCUGUCAGUUUGCUGCUCUGUGGCUCAAAGAGAUUGGUGUAUGAAAUACAGAUUAUCAAAGAUGAAUCUAGUCUCAAUGCUUCAGGGGAAGCUGCUGGAGAUGUGAUAACACUGUACUAUUGAUGUUGUAUAAAUGGAGAGAAAGACUUAUUUUAAAUCUUGUAAAUAAAAAAUGUACAAAAGUGAAAGCAAGAUAAAUAUAAAAAAAACUGAAGACAAGUCUGAGAUGUAGAGAGAAAUUAAUCUGUAUAUUGUUGAAUAAAUAUUGUGAUGUAAGGGAA